AGACGCUCGAGGAUUGGUCGAGCGAGAGAAGUAGGAUUGCAAAUUGAACUUGCGCGUGCUUGCUCGAACGAAGCUGCGCAAACGUUAUGUAAAAAUCAAGAGGCUAAGUGCUAACAUAGCUGACAUUGCUGACUAGAGCGAGGAAGAGAGCGGAGCACGCAGUAAGACUGUUGACGAGUGUUGUGUGGAUAUGGUCAAGCACAGGUCUAGUUUCUGAUUGCGGUGACUGUGAUUUGUUACGUGCGACGUAAGAGACAAAAGGAGAGUCAAAUACGAGCGAGAAGAGGAUACGUGAAAAUCCGAGCAACAAAGGAAGGAGACAGAUAGAGAGCGAGAGAGAGAGAGAGGGGGGGAGAACGGAGGACAAAGAAACAAGCACCGAGUGAAAACGUAUCGAAGAGAGAGAGAGAGAGCUCGUAAGAAAGUGCGUACAUCUACAAUUUGGUUCAACGAGAUCCGAAAUUCGCGAGUUUGGGUCGAGUUCGAGCGAACGGGGAACAAUUUCCGCAACGCGGAAGAGUGCGUCGCGAAGUGACAAACAAACAAACAACUCGUGUUCGCCAUCUUGCGGCAGGGGGUAAGUUAACGUCGUGCCGUGGCGUCUGUACGAAAUGCGCGUCGUUCUCUUUACUGGAGAGUAGAUUGCCGGAGAAAGAGAAGAAAACAGCAGCAGCAUAAUAAGAAGAAAAGUGGCCGACGGUCACCGGAUGUGGUUAAAUUUGCGAGAUAUGCCUACUGGAAGGGCCGCGAGAGAAAAGGAGCUCGAAACGAGGUAGCAUAGAGCUAACAGGUUCCCCGGAGUUUCCCACCGCAAACUUUAUUUCUUCUUCAUCCACCCCGCGACUCUCCUCUGGCGCGUCACUAUCGCCGUCCCCACCGCCUGUCUGUCCUGGAUACUACAGUGCGAUUAUUGCGCAGUUGGAAAAAUUGCUGCGCGCGGAUGCCGUGAUACGUGGAGUAUCAUCUCUGAGAGACAAUCCACGAGCAUUUACCGGCCGACGUGUUAUAGUCGGUUUUUGUGACGAGAGUGACUGAGGAAUUGUACAAAAUCGAAAGUGAGAGCCAUGACAAACUCCGCGCCCAAGCUAGACAACGCCAAGGUGGAUCGGCAAGCUUCGCCGAAGGUUGGCUUUCAGCAUCAACAAAGUUCUCAUCAUCGUCGCUCCGCCAGUAAAUCGUCGCCGUUCCUCUACAAGAACGGCAGCCACGGGGCCAAGAACAUCAAAGACGGCCGGCAGAGCUGCAGCCCGUACAGCCCAUCGUCCAAGAGCGCGAGAAACUCGCCGCAACAACGCAGUCCGAGUAGUAGCCCGACCAACAACAGCUUUUACGCGGGCGCGAAAUUCUCGGAGACACCGUCGCCCGCGAGCGUGCCGAAGCCGCCGAGUCACUGGACGACGUGCUCGGCAGCAAGACUGAUGGGCAGCUGCGGCCAGUCGGCGAACAGCGCGUCCGAAACCACCAGACAACUACGCAUAAUGCUGAAUGUCGAGGCCUGAUACUCGACGGCAAGUGACAUUGUCAAACGAUUAGAGAGAUGGCCGUCAGUAGUUUGCGGAGAAUCAGGUAUGAUGGGAAAAAAUUAUCGUCGUUAGAGAAUCACAGAGGCGAGAUAGAGAAAGAUAGCAACAGAGACUAUGACGUUGAUAAUAAUAAUUACAAAAUAAUAAUAAUAAUAAUAAUGAUGGUGAUAUCGUGUGCGGGCCGUAUACACACGGAGCGAUUUUCGAUUUUAUUGAGCGAAUGGACAUUACAAAUCCGUUAUUUACUCUAAGAUUACAUCCAGCAUACAAAGAACUUUAAAAAACCGUAGACUAACACAUCGCGGUGGGUGACAACGCGAUGCAUCGGUGCGUUUAUCAUGUUCGCGAUCGAUAUGUGUGCACGCAAGAUGCAUACGUAUGAUACAUAUAUAUGUAUGUAUAUAUUGCGUUUUCGGACUCUCUCUCUAUCACGCGUCACAUCACUGUGUGACAGAAAAGAAACAAAAAUGUAAGUAAUAUCGUAUUUUAGAUUACCGUUAUAAAAAAAAAAAAAAACAAAAAAUUCGACUUACAACAACAACACCUGAAGAGGGAGCUCCACAUGCAUACAUAUAUAUUAUCUAUAUAAAACGUUCAAAAAACAAAAAAAACACAACACAUCGUCGGUCUGACGAGACGACAAGCAUGAACAGACAAAGCUGAGCUUCGUCCUACGAUGCGCUUCAAUGUCGACACGUCGUUGGCGUGUUUCAAUAAUCUCUUAUUUCGGCUUUCUUUCCGAAGUAACUUUGAGAGGCCGCUUUUGAGAUCAAUCGCGAGUCUUUUUUUUUUUUUUUUUUUUUACCUUCUCGAGCUUUAAUUGUGCCAGAUGCGUCGCGGCGCAGUUCGCUCCAUUAGAUGCUGGAACAAAUAACUAUAUAACGUAUUAUAUAUAUAUAUAUAUAACAAAUUAAUAAUCAUUUAUCAAUUUACUUCUUUAUUAACAGUUUUUCUUUUUUUUUUCGCGGACUUUAUCAUUUUGUUAUAUUGUGGCUUGAAAGAGACACAGCUUCGUACACACGGGAGAGAUUUACUUCACGUAGUGAACCCUUUUUAGUUUUUUUGUUUAUUUUUCUUUUUCAUUUUUUUUUGCUGAGGGUAAUUUUUAUUUUCUUACUAUUUUGCUACAUGUUGCGUAAGUGUAUGAUAAUAAAAAGUUUUGAGUUAGCGCGCGCUUAGGGAAAUCGGAAUUACUUGAGGUGUGUGACCGUUUAUUAACAAAAACAAACGUCAAACGUAAUGUAGGAGAAAUUUAAAUGAAAGGAGAGGAAAGAGAGAGAAUGUGUGUGUGUGCGUGAGUGAGUGAGUGAAUGAAUGUACUUUGAAUAUCGUAAUACUUCUUAGAGUAUCUCUUCGCAAUAAUGCAAAUCCACACUUUCCAUUUUUCGGCUUUUCGUUGUGUUUUUCAACAAAAUCCGUGACGUUUAAUUUGCUUGUGUAAGUUUAAAAAAUUGAUUUCUGAGAAAAGAGGAAACUGCAAACAAAAGAUUGUUUCUUUUGUUCACGAUCGAUUCUAUUUGACGUCUUUACACUGAUGUAAAGUUGUACAUCUUCAUCAAUUGUACCUUUAAAAAUACUAUUUGAAUAUUUAUUAAUACUUUGAGUGCAGGGGCAUUCAAUGGAAUCGAGACACGUUUAUUCGGAUCGCUAGAACAAUAGUUUUUCAUUGUUUUAGUUGCAAAAUUCAAGUAUAAGAACAUAAUUCCACGCUUUAUUUACACAGGCAAUAAAUAUCGAAAGCUAAGAUUUAUAUCGACGUUGCAAUAAUGUCUGUCCUUUCUUAGGUCGUAAUAGUUGUAACAGGGUGGGGGGG